AUGUUGGCGAUCGGAGGAUUUGCUAGAUGUGGGCCACAGUCUGAGCCUGGUACACCGCCUGUUUUCAGUGCCUCUGUGGAGGGAGGGAGUGAAGAAGUGUCCCUGGAGCUGUGGAACGAUUUGGAGAAACAGAGUUUAGAAAAGCAUAGGUCGGAAAAGCAGAGGUCGGAAAAGCAGAGGUUAGAGAAGCAGAGGUUAGAGAAGCAGAGGUUGGAGAAGCAUAGGUUAGAGAAGCAGAGGUUAGAGAAGCAGAGGUUGGAGAAGCAGAGGUUGGAGAAGCAGAGGUUGGAGAAGCAUAGGUUAGAGAAGCAGAGGCUAGAGAAGCAGAGGUUGGAGAAGCAGAGGUUAGAGAAGCAGAGGUUAGAGAAGCAGAGGUUGGAGAAGCAGAGGUUGGAGAAGCAUAUGUUAGAGAAGCAGAGGCUAGAGAAGCAGAGGUUAGAGAAGCAGAGGUUGGAGAAGCAGAGGUUGGAGAAGCAGAGGUUGGAGAAGCAGAGGUCGGAGAAGCAGAGGUUGGAGAAGCAGAGGUUGGAGAAGCAUAGGUUAGAGAAGCAGAGGCUAGAGAAGCAGAGGUUGGAGAAGCAGAGGUUAGAGAAGCAGAGGUUGGAGAAGCAGAGGUUGGAGAAGCAGAGGUUAGAGAAGCAGAGGUUAGAGAAGCAGAGGUUGGAGAAGCAGAGGUUGGAGAAGCAGAGGCUAGAGAAGCAGAGGUUGGAGAAGCAGAGGUUGGAGAAGUAG